AUGGCCACCGUCGAAAACCGAGGCCCGGAGUUGAUGAGAGUGUGUAUCGCCUUGUUGACGACUACGGUGAUAGCCAUCUCUCUAAGAUGCUAUACACGUCUAGGCAUAGUCAAAGCCUUUGGGGCUGACGACUGGACGAUGAUGGCGGCAACGGUCUCGUUCAUCUUGUUCUGCACCUGUGCGAUUACUGGUAUCCAUUAUGGGACAGGGCGUCAUUUCGCGGAUCUGGAAACUCCAGACAUUGAGAAGGCCAUGAUGUAUUGGUGGCUCUGCUACAUUUGGUAUUGCCUUACCAUGAUUGCUUCCAAGAUCUCGAUCGGUCUUUUCCUCUUACGAAUUGCCGUCCAGCGAAUCCAUCAUUACAUUAUCUACGUUAACCUCUUACUCACGGUCCUCACAGGCCUGGUCUUCUUUUUCGUCACUCUUUUACAGUGCAACCCAAUCCCCUAUUUCUGGCUCAGGUUUGGCGGUAUUACCCAAGGAUCCUGCAUCGACGUGAAUAUAAUUGCCGCCCUUACCUACCUCUACAGUGCCCUCAACGUCAUAUGCGACUUCACUUUUGCUACUCUUCCAAUUGUCUUAAUUUGGGGCCUUCAGAUGGACAAGAGAACCAAGAUUGCCCUAAUUCCGAUUCUAAGUAUGGGCUGCGUAGCUAGUUCCGCUGUCGUUGUUCGUUUGGCUUAUAUCAAGGACUUUAAGGAUCCAGACUUCUUAUGGGCUACUGUCUACAUUGCCGUCUGGUCAACGACAGAACAAGGCUUAGCGAUCACAGCGGGUAGUUUAGCAACACUCCGACCGCUGUAUCGAAUCGCCGCGCAAGGUCUCGGCAUGUGGAGUUCGACAGCAGGAAUUGCCCAUUCAGACAAUGUACCAAAGACAUUUGGUAGCUCCGGUGUGGGAAGGUUCGGGGGUAGGUACGGGAAAGGCAAUAAAGGAAGCCGUGGUUAUAGUGGAGGUUUCGACUUGACAACAUUCGCUCAGGACGAGGAAGCACAAAACAGCCGCCACGAGGACCAAUUAAAGAUGAAUAACACAAUCAUCUGCACAACGGACAUCACCGUGAAGAGAAGCAGCAUAUGGGGAUCGUCAAAGGAGGAUCGGUCAAGGCAUAACGAAAGUCAAGAGGAGCUACACCUUAAAUCGUCGAAAGACACACUGAACGAUUCCAAGACAGUUCCUAAGAGUUUUUUGGCCAAUGGGAGAACAUCGAGGAACAGCGAUGGUUCUUAG